AUGAGCUUUCAGUAUCCUCCCCCACCCUCCACAGGCAGCGUUACGGAGACUACACAUGGUGUCACCAUCCAUGACCCACACCGUGCUCUGGAAGACGACGAGUCCGAGGUGACAAAGUCGUUCAUUAGAGCUCAGAACGAGCUCUCCCUCCCUUACCUCCAGUCCCACCCUCGCCGCAAACACAUGCAUGAUGCAGUUGCUGCCAACUACGACUAUGACAAGAUGACAUGUCCGGAACGGCAGGCGGACGGAUGGUAUUACUGGCAGUUCAACGAUGGUACCCUUGCUCGCGACGUGGUCGUCCGCUCGCGUGACCUCGACUCUCACUAUGGCAAGGGCCCCAGCGCGUUGGGAGGUCCGGACCUCAUGUUUGAUCCAUCGGCCGAGGAGCACACCUCCCUGUACUGGCAAAGCUGGAGCCCUAGCGGACGGUUCUCCAAUCUCAUCCUGCAGAAGUCUGGGAGUGACUGGCAAAGCAUUCGCACACUCGACACACACACCAUGGAUCCUGUAAAUGAUGACCUGACCCAGUCCAAGUUCACAUUCGGCGGUUGCUGGAUCGGCGACAGUGGGUUCCUGUACAAGAAGGAGAUUGGCAUCAGCGAUGGGACUGCCGACGGGCAGUUUGGCGCCUACUUUCACUGUCUGGGGACUUCGCAGACAGACGACGUUCUUGUGUGGAGUGGAGAAACCCCCAGCCAGUUCGUCAACCACCCUCUCGUGUGCUCCGUCGAUGCCAAGCCUGGAAGCGGCAGACGUGCGUGGCUCGUCUGUGACAUGUAUCGCAACACCGACCAGGAGGCUGAAAACUUCAUGAUCGAGCUCCCCGAGGACCUGUCAGCACCGGGCCUUGGAGUCGAGAUCGCACGCCGGAUCAAGGACCAGAAGAAGUGGCUCUGCAGGGGGUUCAGCGGGACAAUGAGGUAUAUCGGUACUCUUCCUUCGGACAACCACCUCUUCCUUUCUACCUACAACGGCUGCAGUACUGGUUGCGUCGUGUCUCUGAGGGCUCAAGAUUGGGACUCGACGGAUCCCGGCGCUGAGUUGCCCACCUCGGUCCUCGUCCCCAAGCAUCCCGAGGGCCUAACAUUGAGCUCGGCUACCCUUGUCGGCAACCGUGCUUUGGUACUGGUCUAUCUUCGUGACGCCUGCGCGCACAUAGUGUACGUCGAUGCCCUCACCGGCGAGUCUGUUGCAGCUCCCACCCAAGGCAUCCCGCCCAAUUCCUCGGUAUCGACCGUGACGUCGGCAAAGGACAGCAACGAGUUCUUCCUUGCCGUCGAGUCCUUUCUUGGACCUCCUGUUACCUUCCGCGGUCAGUUACAGACCGAUCCCGCUUCAACAAUCGUGAUCGAUCGACUGGGGGCAGCGACGACGCUCAACGAUGACCUUGUUACGCGCCAGGUCAUGUACACGUCGCACGACGGCACGCGCAUUCCCAUAUUCCUGUGCCAUGCUGGUGACCUUGACACGAGCAAAGCGCAGCCCCUGCUGCUACACGCAUAUGGCGGGUUCCAAGUCGCCAACGUGCCGCAGUACGCCCCAUUCUGGCCCUCGUUUGUUCGCCAAACCGGUGGCAUCGUCGCAAUCGCCUGCAUUCGUGGAGGCGGCGAGUAUGGAAAGGACUGGCACGAAGCAGCCAAGGGCAUCAAGCGCUCGGUGGCAUGGGACGAUUUUGGCGCCGCUGCAAAGUAUCUACACGCCGAGGGAUUGAGCACGCCAGGCUUGACCAGCAUCUACGGCACCUCGAACGGUGGCCUCCUGGUUGCUGCGUCCGUGAACCGCAAUCCCGAGCUGUUUUCAGCGGUCCUCUGUGAUGUUGGUGUGCUGGAUCUUGUGCGGUUCCACAAGUUUACCAUGGGACGCCUGUGGGUCAGCGAGUAUGGGGACCCAGACUCGGCCGACCACCUUCCCGUCCUGGCAUCUACGUCGCCGGUGCACAACGUCCACCCUGACGCCUUGACAUACCCGGCCAUCCUGGUCACGACCGCCGACCACGACACGCGUGUCAUUCCGGGCCACUCGCUAAAGUAUCUGGCAGCACUGCAGGCCACCAAGGCCGCCAACUCUGGUGGUGUCUUCCUUGGCAGGAUUUACGAGAACACAGGUCAUGCUGCCGAUGCAAAGAGCAAGGACCAGAUGGUGGAAGAGCUCGUCGACCGACUUGUGUUUGUGCUCAACAACAUAGACUCGCAAUGA